UCCCGCGCGAAACAUAUGUAUGAAAUAUAACACGAAUGAGAGGGACGGAGCGACAGCUGGGCCGGCUAGUUGGGAAAUAGAAUACAAUACAAUAUAUGGAGAAUAGAAAGUGAAGAAGUGCCACAACGAGGGAGAGAUUCCAGCACCACCAAGCGCAGCACAGCCCCUGCACAUGUACAUAUGUAUGCAGUUUUGCCAUCGUGUGCGUGUGCGUGUGUGUGUCUUCUGCGCUCCAGGUAGCUCUUACUGUAGUUGGAAUCCAUUGUUUAUUAAAACCUACCCCGAGAGCCUGCAGUCUGGUUUUCGCGUAGCGUUCCCUGACAUUCUGCCGCCAAUUUUCCCCGACUUAUGCGCUCAUUUGAAGCUGAUCCGGCGAGGAGAACACUAGAACACGACUCAACUGGGACCAAAGACAGUCAUGGAUUCGAACGAAUACAAACGCAUCGUGAGCGCCAACGGGUCCCACUUUGUCAGUGUGCUCGACGAGGCAAAGUAUCACCGACAGCAGGCGCCAAUGCUGCUGAAUGCCUGGUCCCAGACCACCAGCGACGACUUCGAGAUGCUGCGCAGCGUUAGCAUCGACUCCAAUAUGGAUGUCGAGAACCGUGUCCUGCGCGAAAAGGUGCGCUACCUGGAGAGCAAGCUGAAGGAGCACACGGAUCUGCUGUCACAGAUCCAUGCCACCUCGGCGCGCAUGCAGCAGACGCUGGGAGUGUCGGAUGCUGCCUCCUCAACUCCGCCCGCCUAUCAAAGCCAUCAGAUCCUGACGCCGCCCAGCUCUGUGAUCUGUGCACCCGUUCAGAGCUCCCAGCAGCAGCGGGCCGAGGUGCUGGACUACAAGAUCAUUUCGGCAUCGGACGACGCCGACGCCAUUGAGAUUCGCCUGGCAGCAGAGAGCCUGAACAGCCUGAGCACCUCUUCCGACUCUGAUCGCCUCGAAAUGUGUAUGGGGGCGGACAACCAGCAUCGGAUGCAUCAGACGCAUCCCACGCCCCAAAUACUGAACAGAGACAUAAAACGAGAAUUAUCCAGACAGCCGGAGUUUGAGCCCCUGCAAUUCAACAAGCGGCGUAAGUUGCAGGAGAUCCAGGUUCAGGAGACUUCGUCUCCGAAGGCAAAAGGCAAGUUGCCCUUGAAACAGAAGCUCAGAACCAACGAUACCAGCAGCGGUCAGUCCAAUGACAAUGUUAUGAUCUCCCUCGGGCCUAACAACACCUGUGUCCCGGCCAGCGUGUUUGAGAACAUCAACUGGGCGGCCUGCUCCUUGGCCACCCGGAAGCUGCUCGUCACAAUCUUCGACCGCGAGACCCUGGCCACCCACUCCAUGACGGGGAAACCCUCACCCGCCUUCAAGGACCAGCCGAAGCCGCUUAAGCAAAUGCUGGACCCCGCCAAGAUCCAGGACAUUAUCUUCGCCGUCACCCACAAAUGCAAUGCCAGCGAGAAGGAGGUCCGCAAUGCCAUCACCACAAAAUGCGCGGACGAGAACAAAAUGCUGAAGAUCCAGAACGGAAAGCGUCGGAGCAGCGGUGUCAACGGGAAGGAGAACAUGGUUUAGCUUAGUUUUCAUGUUUCAAAUGGAGCACCAAAAGGAAAAACUCAACCCACAAAUUCAUCCACCAUAGAUAAGGUUUAUUAAUUAAUUGAUUAUGUACUACUUUAAUACAUAUACAUAGGCAUAUGUAGGCUAUUUCACAGAUCUCGAAGAUAUUAUUCCAAUCUGAACCAAAUCGUU